GCGGCGCGGCGGGCAGGGGGCACGUGCGGCGGGAGUGGCCGCGGAGCUGAUCGCGGCGGGCCAUGGACCUGCUGCCCCGCAGCCCCGGGGAGUUCGGCUCCGCCCGGUACUGGGAGCGGUUCUUCCGGCAGCGCGGGCAGCGCCCCUUCGAGUGGUACGGGGCCUUCCCGGAGCUCUGCCCCGUCCUGCGCAAGUAUGUCCGGCCACGCGAUAAGGUUCUGGUGGUGGGCUGCGGGAACUCGGAGCUGAGCGAGCAGAUGUACGAUGUGGGGAUGUGCGAAGACAUUGUGAACAUCGACAUCAAUGACACAGUGAUCCAUCAAAUGCAAGAGCGGAGCAGGAGCAAGAGGCCGAAGAUGAGCUACCUAUUGAUGGAUGUGCUUCAGAUGGACUUCCCUGCUGCUCACUUUCAGGUGGUCCUGGAUAAAGGCACACUGGAUGCCAUCCUCACCGAUGAAGAGGAGGCCACCCUAGACAAGGUGCACAAGAUGUUUGGUGAGAUCAGCCGGGUCUUGCAGGUAGGAGGGCGCUACCUCUGUGUUUCCUUGGCUCAAGCCCAUGUGCUGAAGAAAGCAGUGGAAUACUUCUUCCAGGAAGGCUGGGUCGUGCGUGUCCAUCAGGUGGCUGGCAGCGGGGACAAGCAGCAGUUUGUCCUACCAGUCUUCAUCUACGUCAUGACAAAGUUCAGGAAGAUCACUGGCUCGGCACCACAGAUCCUGGAGAUCUGCCCUGAGGAGCAGGACAAGCCGAUGCGGGUGGAGAGUGUGGAGCGGCUGGUGGCAGCAGUGAAGGACAGGCAGCAUUACGCCCUGCUCUGCAGCCAGCUGAGCAAAACCCCUUGUGGGGAGCAGGUUUCCUUGGAUCUGUGUGACAAAGAGAGCGGGAGGCCUCGCUACACGCUGCAUGUGGUUGACAGCGCCUCAGUGAAACCUUCCCGGGACAAUUGCUUCGCCAUCUUCAUCAUCCCACAGGGCAGAGAAACGGAGUGGCUCUUUGGGACAGAGGAAGGGCGGAGGCAGCUGGCCACCAACGCGGGCUUUGGGCGCCUCGUUACGGUGGCCCUGCACAGGGAGCAGCACUACGAGGGCAUGGCCAGCAUCCAGUCGGAGCUAUCGGGGAAGGUGAUGGAGCUGGCCCCGCCAAGCCUCCCUGCCCGGCAGCAGGUGCCCUUUUUGUCUGUGGGAGGGGACAUUGGGGUGCGGACAGUGCAGCACCGUGACACCAGCCCCCUGAGCGGGGAGUAUGUUGUGGAGGAUGUGAAGGGGGAUGGCGCUUGCUACUUCCGUCGCCUCAUCUUCCUCCGCAACAGGAACGUGGUCCAGUCGGAGGCUCGGCUCCUGGCCCCCGCCCCUCUCCCAGGCCAGAAGAAACGGAGGAAGGACAAGAAGAAACCCAGCCCUGCUGAGCUGCUUGGAGCCAUUGACAAGAGCUACCUGUGCUGCGAGCACCACAAAGCCAUGAUUGCAGGGCUCUGUCUGCUGGGGGGCCCUGACCCCCUUCCAGGAGCCCUGCUGGCGGUGCUGGUGGUGGGGCUUGGAGGGGGCAGCCUGCCCCUCUUCAUCCAUGACUACUUCUCGCAGGCCCAUGUGGCCGUGGUGGAGAUCGACCCCUCCAUGCUGGAGGUGGCCACACAUUGGUUUGGCUUCUCCCAGGGUGACCGGAUGCAGGUGCAUGUCUCCGAUGGCCUGGACUAUGUGGCCAAGCUGGCGGCUGAAGCCCCAGCCCAGUAUGAUGCCAUCAUGUUCGAUGUGGACAGCAAAGACAUCACGGUGGGAAUGAGCUGCCCACCCCCAGCCUUUGUGGAAAAACACUUUCUGCAGAAGGUUAAAACCAUCCUCAAGCCAGAAGGAGUCUUUGUGCUCAACUUGGUGUGCCGCGAUGCCUGGCUGAAGGAGUCAGUUCUGGCCGCCCUCAGGGAGGUCUUCCCAGUGCUCUACGUGCGGCGCAUUGAAGGGGAGGUCAACGAGAUCCUGUUCUGCCAGCUCAGCCCUGAGUGCCAGCGGGACCCCACAGAGCUGGGUGCACGUGCCCAGGUGCUGGAGGGGGCCCUGCGGCAGCCUGGGCGCCACUGGGACAGCUCGUACGUGCUGGCGGACAUGCUGCAGGCUGUCAAGAUACUCUGAGAGGGGCCGUGAUGCCACUUGGAUGAGAGAGAUAUCCUCACAUGGGUGCUGUGGCCCCACAGCAAAGGGGUACCCGUGUCUGGAACUGCUGCCCCCAGGGCCUGGUGCUGGCCUAGGUCUGCCUGAAGGAUGGGACUGGCAUGGGGAGGCGCUCCCUGGGAAGGGGUCCAGGACCAUGGAAGGCUGUGCGGCCCAAGGGGUGGUGGUGGGGUGGUGAGGAGAGGAACGUGCUGCAGGACUAUGGGUUUGGGUCUAUCCCUAUUGCUUUUCCAUUGUGGGAAAAAUGUUUCUCUGACUGUCCCCUUCACUUCCAGCACAGCUCCCUCCCUCUGAUGCUGCCUUGCCUCAUCUCCAGCAUCCCUGGUCACUGGUGUUUGUUGAGAGCCCCAGCCCUGUCCUAAGCCUGGUUAAUGUGUGUGAGUGCGCUGGGAAUGGUGAAAAUAAAGUGCUCAGGGCUGCUCCGAGGCCCGCAGUGCUUUGCUAUUUCCGGAGUGCCCAGCACCCCUGAGAAGGUACAGUCACCUGCACUGCUCAAGGGCACAUUAUGGGGGCAGCCAGCUGCCCACUGUACCCCACUGCCCCUUCCCCACUUGUCUUCCCCAAACUGGACCCUGCUGUGUGCCUGCCCCUCUUCUGAAUCUCUUCAGCCAUUGCUCCUGUGAACUGUAACCCCUUAGGUUUCCAACCCUUCUUCACACCCCUGGGCCAGCAGGGACCCAGCCCUGUGUUUGGGCCACUGGGCACACCAAACUGCUUGGCCAGCUGGUGCAGGUCAGCCUUCUCACAGGAUGAAAAGGAUGUUCAUUGCUGUCCCCUGUCCUGGUUUCAGCAUCCCAUUUCUGCCCAGGUGGCUUAUUUUAUCUUUCCCCAGGGUUUCAAAGCCUGGUCCUUCACUGUGAGGUUUUAGCUGAACAGCUGACCCAUGCCUCCUGGCUGGUUACAGAGCAGCUGAUGCUGGUGCUCCUGUGUUCAUCAGAAGCCAUUUGGGAGGGGGCUCUUCUUUCUCUCUUGCAACAGCAGGUACCGAAAUGGGUCAGAUGUGGUACCAAAGUGAGUGGCUUGCAGACAGCGAGGUGACAACCUGCUCAGGCACCGUGAAGCUUUGACACUGACCCGAUACCCUCACCCCACAUUCUCUUCUGCCUCUGGUACCUGAGCAAGAGCAUCUUUCAGACAGCUGCUCCCCAAAGCAAACCCUUCCCAGCCACCUCUCCACAUUGCAGGCUGGUAACAACACACCAGAAGCAGCUCAGGGAGGGAUCUGACCUAGCUGUUGCCACAGAGGCAAAAGCAGCCUCAUCUCAGCAUCACUGACAGAACCAUCUGACCAGCUUUGCAGCUCGUGCACCGUGUCCCACUGGGGUGUUGGUGAGCUGCUGCUCAUCAGCUUCUCCUUCCUCAGCAGGAACCAGCUCUCCUUCACCUGCAGAAAAUCCUCCUGGGUUUGGAAAACCAAAUGAGAGGGUGCAUGAGCCUGAGGGUUUGCAGUUCCCCAAGGCGCUCCAAUGGCUCUCACCCCCUGAACUGGUGGGGAUUAUGGCCACCAUGUCAAUGCAGGAGGUGGGGUGGUUUGUGCCCAGGAGGCGCUAUAUCGGCCAUACUGACAGUGAGCACAUCCUUCCGAUCAGUGACUGUGGUGGCUAUAUUUUGUUUUGCCACCAGAUUCUGCUUUGGAGACUGCUCUGUUCAGAUCAUUUCUCCAAUGCUACCUGCCUUCACACAGAGGGGCAAAUUGGUGCCCUACUUCUCCCUUGGCUGGCCCACUUCUAUGCAGAGGGAGCAGAUGCUUUUUUAAAUAAGUGCUUUUGAUGGUUCCCAGACUGUGGAGAGCAUGGCUGGCCUGCUCCCUGCUUCAGAUAAAGGAUGGCAGUGUGGGCACGUGCCCUCUGUAUGUUGCUUCAUCACCCAGUCACUCCUCUCAUUGUAGUGUGUUCAGGGCAGCACGUGGGUGCUGGGUAAUGGGAGAGACAAGGCUGGAGCUCAAGCUGGGUGGAAGUCUGCUUGCCCCCAAGCAGUUACUUUUAAAGCUCAUCUGCAAUAAGCACACUUCUGAAAGUUACCUAUUAUCUAUCCAACUUAGCAAUGGCAAAUUUCUCAACUGAAUCAGUAGUGUUGCAUUUAGUCUAUUUUUAACUUAGUUUUUAAUUCUCAACAUAAUUCCAAUAACAUAGGUUUGUGUAUGUGCCCUUUAUUUUACCGAAACCAUCUCCUUUCCUCCCCAGGAGCUCAUACAAAGGCUGCGUUCAUCCCUCCCUUGUCCAGUCCUGCCUUUCUGUUGUGCUUCCUAAUUGCUGCAUAAGGCCACAUCCUGGUGGGAAAACAAAAGCCAUCUAUUAGAAACAACGAAAGGAUGAAAUCUCAGUUCACUGCAGCUGUCCUUGCAGCUACUGACAGCCCUACAAGUUUGGUCUGGAAAUACAUUUCAGCUGGAAAAUUGGCAAAUUCAUGAGUGGUGCAAAUACCUGAAAUCCUUCUCUGCAGGUGAAAUGCUCCGAGGCUAGAGUAAUUGAUGUAUAGUAAAUAUUUCUCUAUUGGCAGCCAAAACAUGCAGCUAGUGUAUAUGUUUGGCAA